GUGUUUAGGUGAAUAGUUUUUUUGUUGUUCAAAGGGUCGAAAAAUAUUCCAAAUUUCUUCAAUCAAUCGAUAGUUUCACUUCUUUCUAGUGUUAAACUGUAUUUUGGAGUGAAUUUCGUGCAGGAAUGUCGGAUAAUCUAGAGCCUAGCCUGAGCCAAUAUUUUGCAAAUGACCCUCCCAGUUUCUUUGACCAGCUGGCAGAAAAGGAAGGUAAAACGGCUCCAGUUCCGGAUGUAUACACUUCCUAUGACUUUCUGCAAUCAUCUUCGACUCAGGCACAAAUCACCGUACCGGACGGGGUGCGUGAUUUGUGGGAACUUCCGGUUAGUGAACCAGGUAUGCAACCAGCACUUACAAUGCCCGGUGUGAGUGUGGCCACGGAUUUGAACGACCCAGUUCAGGAAGCAGUAAGCUUUCUGGUGGAUCCGGUAGAGGCUCAGCACCGAAAAAUACUGUCCCCAGAUGAUGUAACUCAAGAUGAACGGGGUUUGAGGGAACUGAUCGAGCAUGGAUGUUUCCGUUCGGCCGUCAAUUUGACUGCUCGAUUGCUAACGAUCAAACAGCAAGGCUUCGGGAGAGCUGGUUAUACGGUAAAACAUACGCCAAAUUCGCUUCAACUUUGGUUCACUCGGUUGGCCUUGCUUGUGAAAUUGGGACAAUUCGACAUAGCAAGAGUAGAAGCGGAACCAUUUGGUGCUUUGAAUAAACCGGAUGUGUUUUAUGAAUUCUAUCACCCGGAUAUGCAUGCAGACAAAAAAGGUUCUAUGGCUUCGUUUUCAUUCCGUUUGCUACUGGCAGAACUUCCAAUUUACUUAGGAAUUCCGCGGGUUGCUUUGGACCGUUUGACCGAUUUGAUGGCUAUUACCAGUCAAAUUAAGGAUUAUUUUGAUCGCUUGUCAGAAAACUCAAACAACAGAAAUGCUUACGAUUUUUGGCAUCUGAGAGAGAAACGAAUUCUCCAUUCAAUAGUGAACUGUGCACUUCUGAUCAAAGAUUUUAGUCUGGCAGAUCAACUUAUCCAAAAACUAGUUACAAACCCGAAAGCUUGCGAUGACGAAAAACGAUUCCUCCUAUCGGCUUGGGGCCGAAUAAGACUACAAUGCGGUGACAUAUACGGAGCAGAAAAGAAGAUUUCGGAAUCGAAACGUUUUCGCGAGGAUCAAAACAAUCCGGAUCUAAGAGAACUGAUCGACCGUGGGCUGCUUGCUGUAGCCCAGAACGAUUUUCAAAGUGCCUUUGGAUUAUUUCAAAAGGCUUCGGCUCUAGAACCGAGCAACACCAUGGUGUACAAUAAUAUGGGCGUUUGUUUGCUGUAUUCGGGGAAGCUAAAGGAGGCCAUUAAGGUGUUUGAGGGAGCUGUCCAACGCAAUCCGAAAACUGCCCUCAACGAAUCGUUGCUGAUCAAUCUGUCCACACUGUACGAGCUUGAGUCGAACAAUUCCAAGGAUAAAAAAGUAGCGCUGCUGAAGAUGGUCAACAAGCAUCGAGCGGAUUUGAGCGUUGGGUUGGAUGUUUGUUUAAAAUUACAGACCAUCGUUUAAAUGUUUCUAUGAGUAUGUUGAUUUUUUUAGGUAAAAUAAUAGCACAUUAAAGACAGAAUUUUUAGUUCAUAACGUGAUGUUUUCUAAAAUUGAACGAAUAUAACUUAUAAACAUG